AUGCUGAAGUCAAUCCUUAAACUUAAAGAUGUGUUGAUUUCUCUUAGAGAAAAAGAUGCACUAAAUAACAACCCACUACAGAACGUUAUUCCAAGUGACAACCAAUUUUCACUGAUGGCUUCACUGAUGCCAGUCUUAAAAAAAAUGAAGAUUAUAUCAGAUUGCAUGUCCAAGGACACUGAACCAGUGCUUCAUCAUAUGCUAACUAUGCUUUAUAAAACUGACAAUUUUCUUCAUGACCACAUUGAUAUGGAAAACAGAGAAAUAGUUAAUGCUUUUUGUAAAAAACUAAGUGAGCAUUUACACCUAGCCACGCGAUUCAAUGAACAUGGAAGAUACAACCAACACUAUGCCUUGGGAAACCUUCUUCAUCCGUACUUUAGAGGAUAUAUGCUUAGACAUUACGGUAUCUUCGAAGAGUUCACCAGAAAAGUCAUCAACGAUCAUCCAUCGUCGGACGCUGUUUCGAUCAGUGAAAAAAAUAAUCAUAAAGCUACACAAGUUAAAAUGCCAUUUGGUGUGGAUGAGUGCGACGAUUUACAAAAUAUAGAGAUUGAACAGGGUAAUAAUAACCACACCAUUAGUCAAAAUGUACCGGAAAUUGAAAGGGAGUUUGAAUCUUUCCACGCUAUGCCUCGUGUUGAAGAAAAGCAUAAAGUUGAUGUGCUCAAAUGGUGGAAGAAAUAUGCCUCUACUUUGCCAUUGUUAGCACAAUUGGCAAGAAAUUUGCUCUGCAUUCCAGCUGCAUCAAGCUGUAGUGAGAGAGUGUUCAGCGCCAGCGGUGGAAUUAUAAAUGAUAAAAGACACAGUCUUUCCACUCAGACAGCAAAGCAAUUGACUUUGAUUAAAGUCAAUUAUGAUCUUGUCUGUCCUCACAUGACCUUGAAAAUUAUAAGCGACGCUGAAGAAGCUCUGGACCCCCCAGCAUUAACUCCAGUUAGAACACUUCCCAAAAAUCCUAUUCCUAAAGCAAAAAAUAUAAAUCCUUGCAGUCUCCAAAAAACUAAAAAACAAAAAAAAAAGAUUUUUGUUCCUGCAGGAAAAAGUGUUGGCACAGAAGAUUUAGAAAAAUUUGAUAACAGUUUUGAUAUUGGCUUAAAGCUUGCAAAGAAAAAAAAACUGAACAAAAACACGAAAAGCAUAAAGUCAAAAGUUCAAUCUAAAGAAGAUCCAAAAAGAGUGCCAUGA